AUGCAGUUGAGAAAAAGGAAGAAGGUGGAUUACUCUUCUAUGGACGAAGAUCACGACGAACAACUGGGUGUAGAGGUGCCGGACGUAAAAUCGGCAGGAGAUGAUACCAUUAGAUCGUAUUUGCCUCGAGUGAAGACGGAGGCUAAGGAUAUUCCGCUCCAGAUAAUACCAAGACGGAAUAAGCCACUGUUGAGGAUCUCGAAACCGGUAGUGCAAUCACAGGGUCGUGUGUCGAACGUGAAGAUUGUUAAAUUGAAGAGACCAAGUUUUCUAGAUCGUAAUGAUGUCGAUGACGAUUCCAGAAUAGUAGACGUGGAGAUGUUAGAAUCACAUGCGGCUCGUUUGGAUAGACUCAUUGUGCUUCAAAACGAACUGUACUACAAGGAUUUGACAGGUCCCAAAUAUAUGGGCCCCAAACAUUUCGAGGCUCUAAGAUUACCUAGCGACAUUAAAAAUCUAAGAAGGAUUUCACAAGGUUUGCAAACUUUGAUCUCCCAUAGAAAGAAGCUGGAAGCCAAUGCCGAUGCGACAGAAACGUACGUCUCAAAGACCAGUCCGGGUUCCAUGUCCCAUCUCAUGGGUUUGAACAACCUAACAAGGUUCACCAAGGAAGAAAUAUUGAACCAAAUAUCUCGGAUCCAUAAUAUCGAUAUAACGGAUAUCAAAGACAUCAAGGACAUCAAAUAUGGCCCAGGGGACCGUGCCAAGAACGUGGCAAAUGGAGUCGACCUGCUAGACUCAAAUCACAUCAAUAUCAACGAGGUCAAAUCCAUAAGCCGCAAACUAGACAAGGAACUCAUGAAGGAAAGAGAUAACAGUCUCGCAUGGCCUGCAAAGGGCAAAAAGAAGUUCAAACACUCCAAGAAACAGGCAAACAACAGGCCCACAAAGUUCCAAAACAUCCCGCUCUACAAUUUGACUUGA